GCUGGCCGCCCUGCGGAGGGCUGCUGAGCGCGCGAACCGACGCGAAUUUGCCAUGGUGAUGGUUAUUGCCAUGCUGUGUGCGCUGCUGGUGCUCUCCCUCCCGCGCAUCGGCAGCCAGAACCCCAUCUUCCGCGGAGCAGUGGUCUUGCUGGCACUGGCAAAUGGCUGUGUCGGCCUCCUGCUGCAUUAUGCCAACGCGCUGCCAGCCCUCGAGAAGGGCCGGUUUCAGAGUGUCCAGGGUUUUGUCGGCAUCUGAUGUGCCAUGUGUUAGUGAGAGUUUGUGAGUCAUGUAGGGUAGGAUUGGCACUGCGUGUCUUGGCACUGUUGAUGCUUGAGUCAGCGCUGGCAAGCGACCCUUGCUGUUGCUGGACUGUGGGCCAGCUGCGCACACUCGGUAGAUUAGCACCUGUCUCAGUCCUGGUGAGUAUUGCCAUGCAUAUGCCAUGCAUAUUCAUGGAAGUGUCAGUGUCACUAAUGCCAGGAAUAAUUAUUUUGGACAUGCCAGGUGCACCGCAGAGAGGAGUCUGGUUUUUGUCAGUGAUCAGAGAUGUCUUGAGGUCUGAUUAUGCUUGUGCCACGAGAGGAACCUCAAAAUUGAGCAUCAUCCGAGAAUCAUGUAGGGUUCGAAUUCAGGCGUAGGAUUCUGCAAAACUGCUUGAACCAUGAGAGCUGGAUAGAGACUUCAUGUGCACAUGCAGUUAGGAAAUGUGCGCAAGCCUCUGCACUUGCUAGUGCUUUUGACAUCACUGCACAUGUAAUGAAUAC